AUGAUUCGAAUUUUGUCUAGAAAAUUAAUAUCAGUAUUAUUAGGAGCUGUUGUUUUAUCAAUAAUAUUAUUUCUUGAAAUAGCUAAUAUUUCAAAUUCAAAUUAUGUUUUUCCACUUUUAACAGAACAAGAUGAUUCUAUAUCUUAUGAUUAUGAUAAUGUUAUAACUAACAAAACAUUUUUUUUCAAUAAUAAUAUAAUAAAUCCAGAUAAAACAAAAAUUAUUGUUAUAACGCCAACAUAUAAACGACCUGAAAGACUUGCUGACAUCACAAGUAUGGCUAAUACUUUAGCACAUAUCAAAAAUUUAUUUUGGAUAAUUGUUGAAGAUGGAUAUUCUCAUUCAAGUGGUGUUGUAGCAUUAGCUAAAAGAUUAAAUUUUAAUUAUACAUAUUUAUUAGCACCAAAUCCUAAGGGUUAUCCAUCAAAAGGAUGGUAUCAACGAGAUGUUGCAAUAGAUUGGCUAGAACAAAAUGAACAUAUAGUACGAAAACCAAAUGAACAUUGUGUUAUAUAUUUUGGUGAUGAUGACAAUUCUUAUGAUAUUCGUCUAUUUAAUGAACAUAUUAGAUCUGUUAAAAGGGCAGGUAUAUGGGCAGUAGGUUUAUUAGGUUCAAUGGUUGUUGAAAGUCCAUUAGAAACAGAUAAUGUAUUAUCAGGAUGGUAUACAAAUUAUUUACCAAAUAGAAAAUGGGGAACAGAUAUGGCAAGUUUUGCUAUUUCAAUAGAUUUACUUUUAUUAAAAAGACCACGAUUUGGUAGUGGAUGUAAAUGGGGUAAUGACAAACCUGAACCAUGUUUUUUAGAAAAAUUAAAUUUACAAUGGAAAGAUUUUGAAUUAAAAGGUUUUGAAAAUGAUCCAAAUAUAUAUUAUAGAGAAAUAUAUGUUUGGCAUACAAAAACACUACCAAGGAGUUUCACAAAAAAAUUUGGUUCAUAUAACUAUUUUGUAGAAUAUGGCAAUUCCCAGAUCUAA